AUGUCUGCAAACGGUACGAACAGCAAAGGGGUAAUCCCGCUGAUCAUUAACAAUAACUCGGUCGUGACGGAGACUAUCUUCGAUGUGCACAACCCGGCGACGGGUGAAGUCAUUGACCGCUGUGCCAGUGCGUCCGUUGACGAUGUCAACCGGAUAUCCUCACGAAGGCGGCAGACAUUAUGCUUUCCCGAAGAGGAAUUGAUCAAGUAUCAAAUGGAGGAGACGGGCGCGGGCAGAAUGUUCGUGGAGAAGACAUUCGAGAUGGGCGCCGCAUUCAUCAAGGACUUCGCUGCACGAAUUCCAUCCAUCGAGGGCUCAGUCCCAUCGGUAUCCGAACAGGGCGAAUGUGCGAUGGUCUUCAAAGAGCCUUACGGGGUGGUCUUGGGAAUUGCGCCAUGGAACGCCCCCUAUAUACUUGGGACCCGCGCCAUCGCGCUUCCACUUGCCGCAGGCAAUACAGCAGUUUUAAAGGGCUCCGAACUGUCCCCCAAGUGUUUCUGGUCUAUUGGCGAUAUCUUCAGGGAAGCUGGUCUUCCCGCAGGAUGUCUCAAUGUAGUCUACCACCGACCCGCUGACGCAGCGCCUGUGACCACUGCUCUUAUUGCCCAUCCAGCCGUUCGCAAAAUCAGCUUUACCGGCAGCACCCAAGUAGGAUCUAUCAUCGCAUCCACUGCCGGUAAAUAUGUGAAGCCCGUCGUCCUCGAACUGGGCGGCAAGGCAUCAGCUAUUGUAUUGGACGAUGCCAACCUGGAGAGGGCCGCCAUGUCUUGUAGCCUUGGGGCAUUCAUGCAUUCCGGUCAAAUCUGCAUGUCCACCGAGCGCAUCGUCGUGCAGCGGUCCAUCGCUGACCGAUUCCGCACCCUGCUGGCGGAUGCAUCCGAGACCGUGUUCGGGAAACAUACACCGGCACCGGUUCUUGUGGCAUCUGCUGCAGGUGCCGACCUUGUUUAUGGAGAGCGCAAUCCCUCGGAGGAGUCCGGUAAUAGCCUGCGGCCUGUGAUCGUGGGCAAUGUCACCAAGGAUAUGGACCUCUAUUCUGCAGAAUCAUUCGGCCCUACCGUUUCCCUCAUGGUCGUCGACACUGAAGAAGAGGCGGUGGCGCUGGCCAAUGACACCGAAUACGGCCUCACAUCGGCAGUUUUCACAGACAAUCUCUUCCGGGGACUACGGGUGGCCAAGCAGAUUGAGUCUGGGGCUGUCCAUAUCAACUCCCUCACCGUGCACGACGAACCAGUCUUGCCACACGGUGGAUGGAAGAGCAGCGGGUAUGGCCGGUUCGGAGGACCCGCCGCAUACGAUGAAUGGCUGCAAACCAAGACAGUUACCUGGGUGCAGUAGAUACCUCUGAGACAUUGGCGGGUUCCCCGAAAGGUACC